AUGACAGUGUUGUUCAACGAAGCGCUCACUAGAGAUCGGGAGGCGUCACAGGAAGAGAGGGUGUACCUAGAGGAACUACGGCGCCUGACGUAUGAUCCCGCACUAAUUCCAUAUUGGGAACUACGGCGAUUCGGCUAUUCGGUGGAAGAACUAUUGGAAGUUGAAACAGCGAUAGAAGAAUUGCUUAACGGGCUCCCUCUGGGCCCCAUGGAGCGAUUUAUUGUGGGAGAAUACUUGAUGGGGGAGCCGGAGAACGAAGAAAUGGAAGAAACUGAAACAGGAGCUGGAGCUGAGAGAACACUGGAAGCUAGCAACAUGAUACGCAGAGCUGUUUAUUUGGGGGAGCAACUCGCAGAAGAAGAACGAUUAAGGCUGCUCAUACUGCUCAGACUCGGACCCGGGGAUGAACAGGAAGGGGAAUUGGAAGAGGAGGAUAGAGAGGGAGACGGAGGAGAAGGGGGAGGGACAGGGGGAGGAGCAGCGGGAGGGGUAGCGAGAGAGGGACGUGAAUUGGGAGCUUUGGGGCGGGGAUUCAUAGGAUGGGGAGCCUGGAGGCCGAGGAGAGGGGGAAGGGGAGAGGAAGGUGAACGGCGAGCUUGA